AUGGUAGAGAGGCUUCAGGGGACAGCUACAGUUGUUAUGAAAGAAUUUCUUGAUAAAUACAUGAAGAAUUCUGAAGUUUCAAACUCAAAACCAGUUGAGGAAGUGGGUAGUUUUCAAUUGCGGAAAAGGAAUUCCACCAAACCUCAAGGAUUUGUGGAUGUUUCAAUCCGGGUUUCCGAGGAAAGGGACGAACCUAGUAUUUAUGGUAUGAAACUCCAAAAAAUACUUGAACCUUGCUAA